AUGGCACCAUGGCUGCAACUGGCAGCCCUACCCUCAUCGCUCCUCGUCCUCAUCGGCAGCUCGAUUCCGUCGGUGACAUGUCAAGAGCUGAAGUUGCAGUGGCCAUACAAUCUCCCACCCGAUUCGAAAUACUACCCCGAAGAUGAAUUGAGGGUCAAAAGGGAUCUAGAUGCACAACAGAAACUUCAAAAGAAUAUCCCAACCGGGGUGAGAAAGAUGAGCGGAGACCCGGGAGAGAUGUUCUAUCUACAAUACUGGGGCUUUGAGCAGCAGCAGGAGGUCGAAUUCAGCGGCGACUCAUCAGAGUGGGCCAAUGCAACCACGUUCACAUCCUUCGAUCUCCCGGUCCGAGUCCACGACAAGGACCAGAGUCCGCGCCUCUUCCGGCGACUGCUGCCAGGAUGGCAUCUCUUCGCGGAGAGGGAUUUUCAAUGUCCGACGGGCACAUCUGCCUGCACCUCGAUCGACCGACCCAACAGCUGCUGCGCCACGGGCUACACCUGCCAACUGGUUCAGGAUACUGGACUGGGUGAUGUGGGAUGCUGCCCGAGUGGCCAGGUGUGCGGGAAUGCACUCUCGACGACAUGCGCCAGCGGUUAUACCUCGUGCCCGAACGAUCCGGGCGGUGGGUGCUGUCUUCCAGGAUACGCGUGCUACCAGGUCGGAUGUGUCCAGACAUCGACCGCGACGAUUCUGACCAACCCAACGCCGUCCACGACCACAGUAACGAGAUACACGACAAUCACGCCUUCACCCUCUACGCCCACGCCCACAACCCCUACCUCGACGACCACGACCACACCGACCUCGACCAGAACUUCCAGCGUCUCCCCACUGCCUCCAGUAAUCUCGACAGUCACCCUCACGGUCACGGUCACAUCUGCCACUACCCUGCCACUGACCUGCUCGUCGGGCUUCCGCUCAUGCCCGGCCACGCUGGGCGGUGGAUGCUGUCCGACCGAUCGUCAAUGCGGCUCCGCAAAUUGCCCUCCCCUCUCUACCUCAUCGUCAGCGACGCCAGAACCGCCCGUGCGGCCGACCUCUCUGACCACGACGGUAGAAACCACCACCACCACGACCACCCACUCCACGUCGCCAUCUUACCCGGUGACCGGGUGUCCGACGGGCUUCUACGCCUGCUCCGCAUAUUACGUGGGCGGAUGUUGCCAGAUCGGCCGCGACUGCGCCUCGACGUCGUGCCCGGCGCUGCCCUCGACGACGCUCGUGUCGGGGAGCACCUUGACGAUCGUCGCGCCGACGGGGUCGGGCAUGACCGCGCCCGGCACGCUGCCCACGGGCAACUGCGCACAGGGCUGGGCGACGUGCGCCCCCAGCGUCGGCGGCGGGUGCUGUCCGAGCGGUUACCUCUGCGGCGCCACCAGCUGCGGCGUCCCUGCGGACGUGACUGGGCCAGGUGUCGGAAAGGAGGCGCCCAACGCAGCAUCCAGCGAGAAGACGCGUUUCUGGCGCCGUGGCGGUAUCGGCCUCGGUGCUUGGACCUUGAUUCUCGCCGCAUGGUUCCUGUUGUGA